UUCAAACCCUAAUCUAUGGCCAUUAAAUCAUCCUUUUCAACUCCUCUCGGUGAAGCUGCUUGUGAGAAUGACGCCAAGAAACUCCAAUUCAUUGAAGAGGUGACAAAUAAUACAAAGAAGGUGCAAGAAAGAGUUCUUGCUGAGAUACUUAGCCAGAACUCUCAAACUGAGUACCUUCAAAGAUUCAAUCUUUGUGGAUCCAUUGACCGAUGUAGUUUUAAGGCUAAAGUUCCAGUGGUUACUUAUGAAGAUCUUUUGCCGGAUAUUCAGAGGAUUGCUAAUGGAGAUCGGUCUCCGAUUCUUUGUUCUCAUCCUAUCUCUGAGUUUCUCACAAGUUCUGGGACUUCUGCUGGUGAGAGGAAGCUUAUGCCAACUAUUCAAGAGGAGUUGGAUAGAAGACAGCUUCUUUAUAGUCUUCUUAUGCCUGUCAUGAAUCUGUAUGUCCCCGGGUUAGACAAAGGCAAAGGUCUAUACUUCCUCUUCAUAAAAUCUGAAACAAAAACCCCUGGGGGCCUCGUCGCCCGUCCAGUCCUAACUAGCUACUACAAAAGCGAGCACUUCCGACACCGACCUUUCGACCCUUACAACGUCUACACCAGCCCAAACGCCACCAUUCUCUGUACCGACUCCUUCCAAUCCAUGUACUCCCAAAUGCUCUGCGGCCUCCUCCACCGCCACGAUGUCCUCCGUGUCGGCGCCGUCUUCGCCUCUGGCCUCCUUCGAGCCAUUCGAUUUCUUCAACUCCACUGGCAUCAACUCGCCUUCGACAUUGCCUCCGGUGAACUCUCUCCCAAAAUUACCGACCCCUCUAUCCGCACUGCCAUAUCCGAAAUCCUAUCUCCAAAUCCUGACCUCUCUAAAUUCAUCAUCUCCGAAUGCUCCUCCGGCAAUUGGUCCGGCAUAAUCAAACGAAUUUGGCCAAACACUAAAUACUUAGAUGUCAUCGUCACUGGCGCCAUGGCUCAAUACAUCCCCACACUUGAGUUCUACAGCGGUAACUUACCGAUGGCUUGCACGAUGUACGCAUCGUCGGAAUGUUAUUUUGGUAUAAAUCUCCGGCCAAUGUGUCAUCCUUCAGAGGUCACUUACACCAUAAUGCCAAUGAUGGGUUAUUUUGAGUUCAUCCCUCAUGAUGGUUCAACAACUUCUAACUCCACCACAUUAGUCGAACUCGCCGAUGUCGAAGUAGGAAAAGAGUACGAGCUUGUGAUAACAACAUACUCCGGACUCUGCCGGUACCGUGUAGGGGACAUCCUCCUCGUCACUGGUUUCCACAAUGCGGCACCAGAGUUCAAAUUUAUACGUAGAAAGAAUGUAUUGCUAAGUAUUGAGUCGGAUAAAACCGAUGAAGCCGAAUUACAAGCCGCGGUAGCAAGAGCCUCGGAACUGCUCAAACCCUUCGGCGCAAGCGUGAUCGAAUACACCAGCCAAGCAGACACAAAGGUGAUUCCGGGGCACUAUGUGAUAUACUGGGAGUUGUUGCUGAAGUCAUCGGAGGGGAUUCCCGACGGGGAGGUGUUGGAGAAGUGUUGUUUGGAGAUGGAGGAGGCGAUGAACACAGUGUAUAGGCAAAGUAGGGUGGCGGAUGGGUCAAUAGGGCCGUUGGAAAUAAGGGUGGUUAAAGGUGGGACGUUUGAGGAGUUGAUGGACUAUGCUAUAUCAAGAGGGGCUUCCAUUAAUCAGUAUAAGGUGCCGAGAUGUGUGAAUUUCCCGCCAAUUUUGGAACUAUUGGAUUCCCGGGUGAUUUCGGCGCAUUUUAGCCCGGCGUGUCCCACGUGGACCCCAUACAAGUCAACCAGUUAGAUUCGGGGAAUCUAUGGAGGAUCUAACAUUGAAAGAAGGGCUGGAUAUGAUAUGUUUGGAAACUAGAAUAAUAAAAGAGUGUGUGUUUGUUUGUUGUUUGCCGUUGUUGUUGUUGUUUGUUGUGUUUGAAAUGUUUAAUUGUGAGUUCA